AUGACUAAGCUUUGCCACACGGACGUCCCUGGGACUGUCUACCUGGUUGACAUCAAUCAGAAGCAAGCUGGCGUGUCGGAAGCUCCCAUUCAGCAAGAUAUCGUACUCAUACCCUCUCCUCUAAACACCCCAAGAGAUCCGUUGAACUGGCCUAAGUACAAGAAAGUAUGGAGUCUCUUUCUCGCUACCCUUUUCGCAUGUGUUAUGUCCUUUGGUGAAAACAACGUGGGCGCAGCAUGGACUGAAAUGGCCGAAGACGCUGAUGUGUCCUUGAACAAUUUGAAUGGUGGUUCUGCGCUCAACUAUUUGUUGCUUGGCUUUGUCAACAUUUUGUGGAUCCCAACAGCUAUGAAAUGGGGGCGCAAGGUCGUUUAUAUUGCUAGCAUGACUAUCAACACUGCUACUUCUGUGUGGAACGCGUAUUUCUAUGGUACUGCUCAGUGGUAUCUCAAUUGUUUGAUCGGGGGAAUUGGGACAAGUGCUUAUGAGGCCGUUAUUCAGCUUACUAUUUUUGAUAUAUUCUUCGCUCAUCAACGUGGUACAAGCCUUGCUUUCUACAUCUGGGGUCAGCAGCUGGGGAGCAUCUUGGGCUUGAUUCUCGGUGGAUAUAUAGCGGAGGGACCGGGCUGGCGUUGGGGUUGCAAAAUAUCUGGAAUUUUGAGCGGAGCUGUGGCCUUACUAUUCAUUUUCACUUUCGACGACUCUUUUUUUCCGCGACAUGUCCUAGGAGGUACUAGAACUAUUUCUACGCCUUCAGCUACGCAGCCUGAAUGUAAUGAUCAAGACGUAUCAAUUGGCAAGCUUCAGGAAAAGGAAACCCCUAAAAAUCUCGCUAGACAGGUCACCACCAGCGAAGGGGUUAUGGACCUUUUGCCACGUAACUACUGGCAUGUGCUAGCGCCUAUUCAUCGCUUCAAACAGGACAAGACUACCUGGUGGCAGUACUUUCGGCGACCAUUUUAUCUGUUUCUUUUUCCAAACAUUGUUGUUGGCCCACAGGCGGGCCUAAUAUUUGCAUUUGCAUGCACAGCAGGCAUCGUUUCUUUCAACACGAUCUCCGAGAUUAUGACUGAGGAUCCAUAUGAUUGGGGAACUGGGCCAACUGGACUUAUAUUCCUGGCAGCUCUCGUAGGCUCUUUCAUCGGAAUGGGCACGGGUUAUCUCGGUGACCAGAUCGUCACUUACCUUGCUCGUCGCAACAAUGGCUACAAAGAACCUGAGAUGCGUUUGUGGACUCUAGGUCCCUGCUUCAUUUAUGGCGCCGUUGGCUAUUUUAUGUACGGCUGGGCUGCAAACGCUGGCGAAUCGUGGGUUCUCAUUGCCGUCGGACUGGGCGGUAUGAUCGCGCAGCAGGUCGCCGCAUCAAGCGUUGCAACGACGUACGCCAUGGAAUGUUUCGAAGGGAUUUCGGGCGAACUUGUAGUGGUACUCGCCAUCUGCUCUUCGUGCAUCAACUUUGCCAUAUCAUAUGCGGUCCAGCCUUUUAUUGACGCAACUAAUUAUGGCCCUACGUUUACAUUUUUUGGUUGUGUUGUUCUGGCCUCCAUGGGGCUUGCUAUACCUACUUUCAUAUGGGGUAAAUCGUGGAGACGGCGAUGUGCAGCGAGAUAUUACAAAUUUAUCGCCGAGGCAAUUGUUGUAUAG